GCCGGGCAUCAUGAAUUGUCAAUUGUUACUCUCCCUGCCCAAGAAACCUCCUCCCAUACCUUGGAUAGCUUGCCGAACACCCCCCAAAUGGCCGUCAAAAUCACCACUCGAGACCUAGAGCAGGAGAUCAUCGAUCUCGAGUCACGUCUACAACAUGCUCGGAAACGUCUAGCAUUGGCAUCGUCCUCCCCUUCCACACCGCUACCACCGUACAAUAACCACCACCACCACGAUGAUGGCGACUCCGACUAUGACACGACUCCCACCAAGGACAGCACAGCAGCAGUACCACCACCACCCUCAAUCCCGAUUUCGCACGCGCUUCUUCUCCUCUCCGACUCCGCCCUCCCGCUGGGCUCCUUCGCCUACUCCAGCGGUCUGGAAUCCUACCUAGCCCACAACAAACCGCUCCCCCGCACCGUCACCCCCGUGGCCUCGUUCCAUCGCUUCCUGAAGCUCUCGAUCGCCUCGAUGGCCAGCACCUCCAUCCCCUACGUGCUGGCCGCAUACCGGAACCCGGAGGAGCUGGAGACGCUGGACAACGACAUGGACGCCUCGACGCCCUGCAUCGUGGCGCAGCGCGCGAGCGUCGCCCAGGGCCGGGCGUUGAUCGGGGUCUGGGAGCGCGCGUUCCGGGCCUCCUACACAACAACAACAACAACAACAACAACAACAACAACAACAACCACCACCCUCACCCCCGCCGCGGCGGCCGCGGUGCAGGCCAUCUCCAAUUUCUCGGACGCGUUGAAGCUGUGCGGCGAUACGGCGGACGAGCUGGGGCCCAAGGGCCAUCUGGCGCCGCUGUGGGGGGUCGUGUGCUCGGCCAUGGGCAUGGAUGCCCGCCAGACGGCGUAUGUAUUCAUGGUGAACCACGCCAAGGCGGUGCUGAGUGCGGCGGUGCGGGCCUCGGUCAUGGGCCCGUAUCAGGCGCAGAGCGUGCUGGCCAGUCGGCGUCUGCAGGACAUGAUCACCGAACGCAUCGACAAGGAAUGGGAUACCCCCGUCGAGGACGCCGGGCAGAUCGUACCGCCGUUGGAUCUGUGGGUGGGCAGACACGAGCUGCUGUACAGUCGGAUCUUCAAUUCCUGAUCACACCCACCACCAACCGCACCAAGCAUAUUUGCAUUUUUCUGGAGUCAUUCGUUAUUUUGGAGUGGGGGCAUUGGUCGUUUUGUAAUUUCAUGGCAAGUCAGCGCAAGAGUCUGGGUAAUGACGGAAUUUUUUUUGAGCAUUGGAUAAAUCUGGGCUGCGUUCAGCAUCUUUGUUCGGUCUCUUUCAUCAAUAUAGUUAUUUUUUCUAAAGUUAAUCCUACAUGUG